AUGGCUGACCCCCUCAGCAUAACUGCCAGCAUUCUGGCCGUCGUUGGUGCGGCCUACACCAGCGCUCAAGGCCUGUACGACCUUAUCGAUGGCCUUCAGAGCGCACCGAAGACCAUCGCGGACAUGAAGACCGAAAUUGCUGGGGUGCAGCGAGUUCUGCAGUCUCUCCAGACUAAUCUAGAGAAGAAGCCGACCGCUUUGGCUCCGAUCUUCGAGCGCGUCGGAAUCAAGGAAACGGUUGCUGUCUGUGAAGACAUCACAAAGGACUUCACGCGAACUAUGGAGAAAUACACAGCACACUCCAAGGAUGGAUCGUUCAGCAAUCGCGACAAAUUGACUGUGACGUUUCGCAAGUCCAAGCUCGAGGGCUUCCGGACUCGGCUCAAUGUCGCCAAGGACACAGUCGAGUUUGCGGUGACUUCGGCCAUUUUGGCCACUUCUUCAUCUACCUACGGCUCGAUCGAAGAUCUCAAAAAGGCACUAGAGAAUCAGGUAGAGGCGCUCAGGGUGCAGUCUCAACGGCUCGUUACCAUCGAGAAAGACGUCAAUGACCUGGAACUUGACGAGGAGGCCGAGGCCGACGAGACUAACGAUAUAAUCCCCAUCACGACCCGUGAGCGGGAUCUGACACUCACCAUCCUUCCCAUUCUCAAGAAGGCUUGCGCGGAGGCACUCGGCGUCACAGAGGCGCAGUCCAACAACACCUACCAGAAGUUCGGCGACGUCACUUCGGAGGACUCCUCCAAGGUGGGAGCUGGGGUGGCUGGCUCUAACUUUGGGACCGGAAAUGUGCAGCAGGAGUUCGGGAACACGAAUGCCAAGAAUUCGAGCCAGGCAUACGUGGGUCGAAUGGACAGUCAGGCCUUCAAGGACUUUUGGAAUAGUCCGACGUCAAAACCGGACAGUAGCUCCAGAUCAAGAAGCGGUGAUGAUGGUUAG